CCUCAUAGCGCGACCAGCAGUCACACAGCGCGAAGAGAAAUGGUGGUGAUCGAAUCAGCUCUGGCGGUUGGGUUCCGAACCGCCGGCAGAUUUUGCUCCUCCGGCAGUAUAGCAAAUUACCGCCCCUUGUGGAGCACGGACGACCCCAUCGGUCUCCACAUUUCUUCCGGUCGUCUGUCCCACGGCAGCAGUCUCGAUUUGCGUUGGAACAGAGUUCCAAGACUCAUUGAUGGUUGUUCUUUUUCAACAAGAAACAAUGUCCUCAAAACCAGAGUUCGGGCUACAGAAAACCACUCAGGCCCGACGUCCAAUCCUCUGUACCGGAAUCGGAAGCCGUAUUACCACCCACUUGAGGAGAUAGCCGAAUCUACACCACAGGACAAUGGUGAAGACGCGAUUCUCACAGCUGCUGAAACUGCUAGAACCAUAAUUGAGGUAAACAGCAAAGCAGCGCUCAUUUUUUCUGGGCUGAUAAACGAUGAAGUUCACGAGAGCAUUUUCUGGCCUCAAUUGCCUUAUGUAACUGAUGAACACGGAGAUGUUUAUUUCAAGGUGAAUGAAGAACAAGGCAUUCUUCAGGAGAAUAACUAUGUGCAAGUAAUCAUAGGAUUGGAUACCAUAGAAAUGCUCAGGGAGAUGGAGUUGUCUGGACCAUCUGAUAUUGAUUUUGGCAUUGAAGAAAUCACUGAAGAAGAUGGUGAUGAUAUUGAUGACAAUGACGAUGAGGAUAGGGAUGAAGAUGAGGAUGGUGAUUAUGAAAAGGACUGGGUUGCAAUUCUUGAAGAUGAGGAAGAUGAGUUGGAUUCUGAUGAGACACUUGGUGACUGGGCGAAAUUAGAGACAAUGCGUUCUUCUCACCCAAUGUAUUUUGCUAAAAAGCUGGCUGAGUGUUUGUGCAGAUUUUACUAUAGGCCUGUUUUAUCUUACAUAAGGAUGGAAUGGCUUAAACUCUGGUCACCAUUCCUAUUCCUUGAUCAUCAGCAUGAAAUCCGUGAAUUGGCUGCGUCAGACCUUCCUAUUGAUUGGAUGGAACAACCUUCAGUUGGUCUUGCCAUCCAAGGCCUUCUGACGCCUGUUUUUGUUGAAGAGGCUGUCAUCCAAGAGCAUAUACCAGACCAUGAAUACAGUAAUGGUAACUCAAAAAAUCAGGUGGGGGAAUAUGUGGAAGACAAACUAGAAGAUAUUGGCAUGGUUUAUGGUCAUCAGCAUGAGUUAGCCUCAUCUGAAGGUAAUUCAAUAUGGGCAGAACAAUUGGAGAUAGAUGAAAGCUUAAGAACUGGGGUUUCAUUUUACAAAUUAGAGAUGGUUAAGAUUCAGAUGAUUUCAGCACAUGGAAACCAGACUGCAGUGGACGUAAAAGAUUUUCAGAAAGCUAAGCCAGAUGCUAUUGCUCAUUAUGCCACCAAAAUUAUUUCUAGCCUGAAAGCUGGUGGGGAAAAGGUCACAAAAGCCCUCAAAUCUCUCUGCUGGAGAAGGAAGAAUAUUCAAGUAGAGGAGGCAAUGCUUGUUGGUGUAGAUAGUCUUGGUUUUGAUUUGAGGGUUUGCUCAGGAACACAAGUCCAAACAUUGCGGUUUGCGUUUAAGUCAAGGGCAACUUCGGAGUAUAGUGCUGAGAGACAACUUCAUGACCUAUUGUUCCCAAGGAUCCACCACAAACUACCAAAGCGGCAACAUGUUCAUAAGAAGGAAUCCUAACUGGAAUUGUGUAUCGGUUAUUGUAUUUUAUUGCCACUGAUAAUUAAAACUGUCAGGUCAGCAGUUUGUUGUACACCUGCAGCUUAUGUAUUUUAUGUGAAAUAUAUGGUAGGCCUUGGGUGUCCUUUUCUUUCUAUUUUUCGCACCGUUAUUUGGUUUUA